UAUAUACUACCCAUCGUGCCGGAGAGAGAGGCAGCUUGGCCAUGGGGGUUCACCCCGGGCUCCGGCCACAGCUAGUAGCAAAGCAGCUGGAGUCCCCGGACUGCAACCGGCCAGCCAUCGACGGCCCAACCUUCCUCAUCACCGUCGUGGUCGACAACGCUUUCCGCGCCAGGAGCGUCGUCCAAUGGCACGGCUUCUGUCAGGGGCCGCCGACUGGCACCUCACCGGCGGACGGCAUCGACGGCGUGACGUCCACGUACUACUACUAUGUGGCUGAUCGUUCAUGCUCUGGCCCUGGCCGAGACGGUGCUACCAUGUUCAGUGGCGGCCAAGGAGGAGAGGCCGGACCCAUCGCUGACGGCCACGCGUGCUGCCGACGAGCGAACACCUCCGCCGGACUCGCCAGUGUGCCGCUGAAAAACGAGGGACGGAUCAACGGCGACGGUUGCGCGUGCUGCAAACCAAAUUGUCCCGUACAUUCUAUAGGGCAGGGGCCAUAUGCGUGCUCUGAAGCGCAACUCAUGACCAACAGUCAUGUCAUUCACCUCGAUGAAGAAGGAGCGAUCGAGAAACUCCUCCGGUGGUCCGCCGCGACAUUGGAGGCAACAGCCUCGUGGGUUGCUGCUAUAUGUGGGGGCAAGGACCGUGAUGUCUAAGUGUGCCCUGAAUUGUAACUCAUGGCCGAUAACCCUGUUA